AUUUUACAUAAAGGUAUAGGAUCAUCCAUUCUCUUUCGGUUGAUUUCAAAAUGGCGAAGGAAGAACAUGAAAUGCCAUUGUACUUUCGAAAUAAAGUGGCGUUUAGCAUUGGCACAUUACAACGUUCGGAUGAGCGGGUUGAAGCCCAAAAACGAAUACAAAAAGGUAGCGUACAGACGUAUUUCGAUAUCAUCAAAUUUGAUAAUGGCCCUUUACCAUUUAAUUCCAUCGUGUUCCUACCGCCGGGUGAUUGUGUCUAUUUAAACGUAGAUGAAAAGGCGUUGCAUCGAUUUAGGUCGCGCACUAAAGUUGCACUCUGCGAAUCUGAUCUAAAAGUUUUUGCUAGAGUGGUGCUAGACGAUGGUGGGCGUAGAUAUAUUCCUUUGUCUUUAAUGGAUAAUACAGAACGCAUGUGGUUGGCGUUUGUUUACGAAAUCGACGAAGAUACAGAAGAUACUACAACACUAGUUGAUGCACUCUUGAUAGCAGGGAGUUUUCAAACUGCUUCAUACAUACUUUUACGCCAUAAAGAUGCAACUGAAUCAUGGACCAAUAUUCCAGAUACUGGAGAUUCAAUGUAUUACGGUAACAAUGUCCUUGAUACAAUCGAUAAUAACGAAGCAGUAACAGCUGCUAAAGCUGUAGUAAAGAUGGAAAUACCAGAAUCUACUAAUGGGCAUCCUGACGAUUUACUUUAUCAGUUAAGGCAAUAUACUGUUGAUGCCCAAUUAAAGACACUCUUCGAAGUUCGAGAAGUCUGCGCCUCUAAAAACCAUGAAGAGAGUAAAAUAAAACAUUUGGUUGGACGUUUGAAUUCAUUCGUUGAAGUGGAAGGCGAUGUUAACGACUAUGAUGAUCUGGAGAAUUGCCUAAUGGACUGUUAUAGAUAUACGAAAUUCAUUUUCUCUGACAAAAUACCAUUAGAAGAAUGUAUAAUACCAGUAGUUAAAAAAUGUAUUGAAAAUAUGUCUUUCGACUAUGAAAAUGUUUACUAUAUCGUCCUACGCACUAUGAUAAGAGAUUGUGAUGUUGCAUAUCGACUGAUGUUCGAUAUGGGCUUCGGAAAUGUCUUAAUUGAAAAACUCAUAGAUACUGAAUCAAAACGUUGGAUACAGAGAGAGGUCAUGCUGAAUCUAUUGACCGAAAUCCUAGCCCAUGGCAAAUGUAUGAGGAACUUCAUACGUAAUGAUCUAACAGGGAAAGGGGAAAGCUUAUGUGAUAUGCUAAUAAUGGGCAUAGCGAAAUUGCGAAUGUUCUCGCUGGGAAACAUGAAACAGUACCUUGAGGAUAUAGGAAAACGUGUUGAACUGUUCUUGGUCCUAUCACGAGUUGAACAGAUGUACGACAAACUUGAACCUAAGCUUAAAAAAACAGAUGAAUCGCAAUAUGGACAUCUUGAAACCUUGGUCCAAGCCAUCAAUGAAGCUAUAGAUAUGGUAAAACUCCAUCAAGUUGGCAAUAUGGGUCAUUCGGGCUUAACGGACAUGUCUAAAAUCAAGCAGUAUACCGUGUCUUACGUAAUGGAAACAAGGCUACCCUUUGUAGUCACUGGAGUAAUGGCUGCUCUGUUGUCUCAUUUGGAAGGUUUCCCUGUAUCUCCUCUUCAUAUUGGUGUCAUGUUGGAACGUCCACUAUGGUUGGUUUCUCAUUACAUCAAUCUGGUUGAUUUCGAAGAGUGCCUUUUUCAUAUGGAAGGCGUAUGCAACUUUGCUGGAGGUAUGGUCAUUAACAAUGUCGUCAAAAAUGACAAGUAUGCAAAUUCCAGAAUUACUUACUGCAAAAAGCAAUGUGAGCGUAUGAUCAUACACACAAUCAUGCUCAAGAUGAUAGCAAAGUUAUUUGGUAAUACUUCGUGUCCACAAAUAGUAAGUGUUAUCUAUCGGGUUUGUAGGAACUAUUCUUGUGGUUAUAAAGUAAUGGCCACAAUACUUGCUGAAGAAAAUGUUAUACAAGAAAUCCUUUAUAUCGUUACGUCAGCCAUAAAGCAUGUCCAAUCGUCGGGUUUUAAUUCCACUGGGCCAAAGGAUAAUAUGGAAUUGUGGCAAUUGAUAAAUAUAAUAUGUACGACUGUGAUAAAAGACGAAAGUGGCAUGCUACUAUAUGUUUUAGGGAAGAAGUUAAUAUCACCAUUGUCAGAAUUCCUGGAAGCGUUUCAACCGCAAGUAUCUGCAAUAGUCGAUUUAGAUUUGCAGCCUAUCUGUGAUCUACAUGAUACACUUAAAAGGCUUUUUAACUCGUCUGCAUUAAAACGAGGAUCACAAGAAAAGCGUUAUUUUGAGUCAGUUGAACUAUACCUGUCAGACUUAUUAAUCGAUUCGGGUAUUGAACUUCGACCGGAUAUGAUGAAACAAAGCUAUUCUAAGGCGUUACACAUGAAUACUAUGUCACUCGUGUCAGAUAAAAUGCCGAACAGUGUGUUCUUGAUGGAUCCGUUACUCUGCAAAACUAUGACCAAAUCUAUGUUAACGGAGGAAUUGGGUACAGUCUAUAACCAAAGCGAAGCACAUGUAGAAAUUGGAGGCGUAUAUUGGUCAUCAAAUGAAAAUUGUGUAAUCAAAGGCUCUGAGCUUGGUGUAUCUGAAGAUAAAAUGAACCAUUAUCGCACCUGCGAGCUCUACGUUGCGCCACCGGAUCGGUUGCCCGAAUAUGUAACCUAUGGCAUAACAUUAUUAAGAUUUGCGAGUACAAUGGAAGAAUACAGUUCAGUAUUCACUGAAAUGUUCCAAACUAGGGAAAAUACCAAAACAUUCCUAAGGCUAUGGGUACAUACGGCUGCAUCCAUAUGUCCCACUGUAGAUACCCUUAUCAAUGCGGAUAUUGGUGUCUUUAACGCAUCGCUGGGGUAUGAGUGGUUCUUUUCCAGUGCAGAUGCAAUCCCAAUGGUCACAAAUAUGGCGCAAAUUAUGUAUGCUGUGUUGCAUCAUAUAUCGGGUGAUCCAUACUGCCAUGAAGAUACAAAUGAACAGAGGCCUGUAACUAGCGCCCCGUUACGGUAUAUUAAUGAUGAUGUGCUUGACCUAGUACUUGUAUCCGUAUGCAACGUUAUGAUCACAAAGCGCUGGUCUAUUGAAGGUCAGUUGGGAAGAGCAUCUCGCAAAUGUCUGAUAUGGUUGACAAAGUUGAUGUCGUAUUGGUAUCGAAGAUUUCAAAAGUCACAAGGGUAUCUCAUGAAUAAAUUGAUGGGUAGCUACACAUCUAUACCAUUUAUGGCUGACGGAGCAGCGCUACUUAUUGUGGCAUGCGGCCCGGUGAUAAAUCCCAACGCAGCAGUUGAAAUACAUCCACAGGCAGAUUCCACGGGUCACCUGGGUCUUGACCAUAGGACAGUUCGUGUUCAUUUUGAAGGCCAACUAUAUAACGUCAGCUUAUCCGGCAAUGAAGUGACGUUGGACGAUGUUCCUAACGCCGCAUUUUGGGGCUUGAUACGCCGGAUCGAAAGCUUAAAUCUGCCAAUAUUUGCGGAUUUUAUGUGUACAGUUGUAUCAAGGUGCUAUGCAACCAAUCCCUGCACUGUGGUCUUGGCAAGUGAGAUUAUUAACUUUCUAAUCAUAGGUAAUGUCCCAAUUAUGGAACUAGUAAAUACUCUUACUAAAAACUGCUUAGAAGAUUGUAUAAAAGGAGGCACUGACGCCAACAGAUCAGGGAAUAUAUCAGCUACAGCGUAUCGUCUUUUGACCUUUGCUUCACUUUUGGCCAAAGCAGUUGUCUCCAACGAGAACAUAGAGCCGUCGAUACUAGUGCGCGUCAACUAUUGGAUCCUAAAUUUAUUCAGUCACUAUGCGAAGAAUUUCAAGUCAUUGGCCGAAGGCUGUUAUAAGGCACUUUUUGAGGGCUACGUCCACAUUUUCAUUUGCCAUAACAACCUGUGGGAAAAUCACAAUUCUGUAGUCACUCGUCAUCCAGAAUUCAAUAAUUACAUAAAGCAUAUCAAUGGAGCUGUGUACUGGAUUUGUAAUGCUCUAAAUGGUUGUAGGGCGAAAGACACUGAAAAUCCUGAUGAUGGAUCACAUAAUCAAAAGAUGAACCCUGUCGACUAUGAUGAUUGUAGCCGGAUAGAUGGUACUUUGAAUGUAUCGUGGGAAACGAUUUUAACAGGAGUCAUGGCGCUUAAAUACGCAUUUGAGAUGCCAUUCACUGGAUUGAAUAUACUAUAUACUGUGUUGUCCGGUCCCAUGGAACUCAUUGUCAAAAUUAUAAAUAAGCAAAUUGAUUCGGAAAUCAUCAAGGUUACCCCUUCGGCUACAUUAGCGCUGUAUGGAAUAGUACGUCAAUUGUGCGAGGCUUUACAGCAACAUAAUAUUGAUGAUAUGUCACCUGGAUCACUCCCCUCGGAUGCCACUCUGCAAUUACUCAUUAUGCAGUUGAUACACGAUAUUUGUGCAUCCAUACAUCAAACGGGGGCAUCACAGGAUGUAUUCGUAUGUGCUCUAAUCCAUGGGACGUCUCAUGCUCAGGAAGUCGAUAUGAUAACUAACGAAAAUAGGGUUAAUCCCACAGAUGGAGCACAAUCAUUGCCUCACGAUGAUAUAUACUCAGAUAUAGUUGGUUCAUCUAAAACCCGUAAUCAACGUAAAGUUUUGGCGCUGAGUACUCCUAAGGUUGCAAUUGACAGUAUGAAUGUAUUCCAGGGAAUCAUGGAUGCACUAAAAGUAUUUCGUGAUAACGCUGCUACUGCACUAGAGCAUGAGUAUAUAGGAGCCAUGGACCGUGUGGCAUUGUCUUCACAAAUCGCAAACGUUUUACUUUUGCUAAAUGCAUUUGACGCUUUGUCUCGGGCAAUAGCACGAGAUGCAGCUGAACGAACGCCGCCCAAAUCCCUUCCUGGUUAUUUAUUUUUGAAGGCACCGUCAUAUAGUCGAUUAUUUCGUCAAGCGAUUGGUGAUACAUGGUCAACUAGUUGGUGUAACCGUAACUCAACGCGGUCCAUACUCCAACGUGUUUUACGGAUGAUGAAAUGUGAUGAUUAUGAAACGAAUACAUGUAUGGUUUUACAACAUGUACCUAGCCCGUUGUCCACCGAUAACAGUAUGGAUGUUCAAUGGCUUUCAAAGUGUUUCAUGUAUAAUGGCAGCCCUGAAUCCGUUCAGAUGUGGAAGACUAUCAGGUUUUUGGCUACAUCGAAACUAUUAUUUGCUGAUGAACUCAAGCAAUAUGACCCAAUCAAAACCAAGAAAAUAGACCGUCCCCAUCCAAAUGAGGGAACACGAUAUUUGCGUAGCGUAAGUACACGUGCGCCAUCCAAACAUGUGGAUGCAUAUGAAUCGGAGAAAACGGGGGCACCCGAUGAAGAGGAAGAAUGCACAUUCUCCCAAGAAAAUAUAGAGAAGGCAGUUGCACAACUGAAUGGUGUCAUAACAUCGCAAACGUGGUUGGACUUCGAUAACGACCUUGUGACUAAUGGGCUAAAUCUAAGAUCCGUAUUGGUGAAUCCAGGGAUCCUUAAAGAAUAUUCCGCCAGAGCCACAUUCCUUAAUGCUUUAUCUAGGCAUGUUCUUAUAAAGGAGCUGCUUAUAUCGGUGGGCGUUGAUGUGCGUUGAGCUGCCUGGUGCAGACUUGU